AGAAAGGACAUCUGCGAGGAAAGUUCCCUGAUGGCUGUCAACAAAGUGCCACGUCUCUAUGGCUGUGAACGCUGAGCACACGAUUUUAUCGCGCCUAUCUUGGUGCAUAAACGCACCUCACUUCGGUCAACCCUUGCUCCGUCUUAUGAGACAGGCUUUGUUAUCCGCAUUUUAUAUGAGGGGAAACUGACGGUGGAGAGAGAAUUAUCUUGCUCAAGGCGACACAGCAGAGCCCACAGGUGGCAGAAUCCCACCCGAGCCCGCUUCGACCCGCGGGGUGGAAACCACGGGCGCCCGCCCGGUUGCGCGUCCGGAGCUGAACUGAGAAGCGAGUCCUCUCCGCCCUGCGGCCACCGCCCAGCCCCGACCCCCGCCCCGGCCCGAUCCUCACUCGCCGCCAGCUCCCCGCGCCCACCCCGGAGUUGGUGGCGCGGAGGCGGGAGGCGGGAGGCGGGAGGCGGAGGCGGGAGGGCGGGCGCUGGCACCGGGAACGCCCGAGCGCAGGCAGAGAGCGCGGAGAGCGCGACACGUGCGGCCCAGAGCACCGGGGCCACCCGGUCCCCGCAGGCCCGGGACCGCGCCCGCUGGCAGGCGACACGCGGUCACGGUGAUCCAUUUGUAAAGUCGGGAAUAAAUGACCUCUGAAGUGUUGUCUGUAUAUUGCUCUGCUACCAGUAAAACAUAUCUCUGAAAAAUACGAAGUUCUAUACCAGAGUUGAUUGUUGAUGGCACAUACUUUUAGAGGAUGCUCAUUGGCGUUUAUUUUUAUAAUCACGUGGCUGUUGAUUAAAGCAAAAAUAGAUGCGUGCAAGAGAGGUGAUGUGACUGUGAAGCCUUCCCAUGUAAUUUUACUUGGAUCCACUGUCAAUAUUUCAUGCUCUUUGAAGCCCAGACAAGGCUGCUUUCACUAUUCCAGACGUAACAAGUUAAUCCUGUACAAGUUUGACAGAAGCAUCAAUUUUCACCAUGGCCACUCCCUCAAUUCUCAAGUCACAGGUCUUCCCCUUGGUACAACCUUGUUUGUCUGCAAACUGGCCUGUAUCAAUAGUGAUGAAAUUCAAAUAUGUGGAGCAGAGAUCUUCGUUGGUGUUGCUCCAGAACAGCCUCAAAAUUUAUCCUGCAUACAGAAGGGAGAACAGGGGACUGUGGCCUGCACCUGGGAAAGAGGACGAGACACCCACUUAUACACUGAGUAUACUCUACAGCUAAGUGGACCAAAAAAUUUAACCUGGCAGAAGCAAUGUAAAGACACUUAUUGUGACUAUUUGGACUUUGGAAUCAACCUCACCCCUGAAUCACCUGAAUCCAAUUUCACAGCCAAGGUUACUGCUGUCAAUAGUCUUGGAAGCUCCUCUUCACUUCCAUCCACAUUCACAUUCUUGGACAUAGUGAGGCCUCUUCCUCCGUGGGACAUUAGAAUCAAAUUUCAAAAGGCUUCCGUGAGCAGAUGUACCCUUUAUUGGAGAGAUGAGGGACUGGUACUGCUUAAUCGACUCAGAUAUCGGCCCAGUAACAGCAGGCUCUGGAAUAUGGUUAAUGUCACAAAGGCCAAAGGAAGACAUGAUUUGCUGGAUCUGAAACCAUUUACAGAAUAUGAAUUUCAGAUUUCCUCUAAGCUACAUCUUUAUAAGGGAAGUUGGAGUGAUUGGAGUGAAUCAUUGACAGCACAAACACCAGAAGAAGAGCCUACUGGGAUGUUAGAUGUCUGGUACAUGAAACGGCACAUUGACUACAGUAGACAACAGAUUUCUCUUUUCUGGAAGAAUCUGAGUGUCUCAGAGGCAAGAGGAAAAAUUCUCCACUAUCAGGUGACCUUGCAGGAGCUGACAGGAGGGAAAGCCAUGACACAGAACAUCACAGGACACACCUCCUGGACCACAGUCAUUCCUAGAACCGGAAAUUGGGCUGUGGCUGUGUCUGCAGCAAAUUCAAAAGGCAGUUCUCUGCCCACUCGUAUUAACAUAAUGAACCUGUGUGAGGCAGGGUUGCUGGCUCCUCGCCAGGUCUCUGCAAACUCAGAGGGCAUGGACAACAUUCUGGUGACUUGGCAGUCUCCCAGGAAAGAUCCCUCUGCUGUUCAGCAGUACGUGGUGGAAUGGAGAGAGCUCCAUCCAGGGGGUGACACACAGGUCCCUCUAAACUGGCUACGGAGUCCACCCUACAAUGUGUCUGCUCUGAUUUCAGAGAACAUAAAAUCCUACAUCUGUUAUGAAAUCCGUGUGUGUGCACUCUCAGGGGAUCAAGGAGGAUGCAGCUCCAUCCUGGGUAACUCUAAGCACAAAGCACCACUGAGUGGCCCCCACAUUAAUGCCAUCACAGAGGAAAAGGGGAGCAUUUUAAUUUCAUGGAACAGCAUUCCAGUCCAGGAGCAAAUGGGCUGCCUCCUCCAUUACAGGAUAUACUGGAAGGAACGGGACUCCAACUCCCAGCCUCAGCUCUGUGAAAUUCCCUAUAGAGUCUCCCAAAAUUCACAUCCAAUAAACAGCCUGCAGCCCCGAGUGACAUAUGUCCUGUGGAUGACAGCUCUGACAGCUGCUGGCGAAAGUUCCCACGGAAAUGAGAGGGAAUUUUGUCUGCAAGGUAAAGCCAAUUGGAUGGCGUUUGUGGCACCAAGCAUUUGCAUUGCUAUCAUCAUGGUGGGCAUUUUCUCAACGCAUUACUUCCAGCAAAAGGUGUUUGUUCUCCUAGCAGCCCUCAGCCCUCAGUGGUGUAGCAGAGAAAUUCCAGAUCCAGCAAAUAGCACUUGCGCUAAGAAAUAUCCCAUUGCAGAGGAGAAGACACAGCUGCCCUUGGACAGGCUCCUGAUAGACUGGCCCACGCCUGAAGAUCCUGAACCGCUGGUCAUCAGUGAAGUCCUUCAUCAAGUGACCCCAGUUUUCAGACGUCCCCCCGGCUCCAACUGGCCACAAAGGGAAAAAGGAAUCCAAGGUCAUCAGGCCUCUGAGAAAGACAUGAUGCAUAGUGCCUCAAGCCCACCACCUCCAAGAGCUCUCCAAGCUGAGAGCAGACAACUGGUGGAUCUGUACAAGGUGCUGGAGAGCAGGGGCUCCGACCCAAAGCCAGAAAAUCCAGCCUGUCCCUGGACGGUGCUCCCAGCAGGUGACCUUCCCACCCAUGAUGGCUACUUACCCUCCAACAUAGAUGACCUCCCCUCACAUGAGGCGCCUCUCGCUGACUCUCUGGAAGAACUGGAGCCUCAGCACAUCUCCCUUUCUGUUUUCCCCUCAAGUUCUCUUCACCCACUCACCUUCUCCUGUGGUGAUAAGCUGACUCUGGAUCAGUUAAAGAUGAGGUGUGACUCCCUCAUGCUCUGAGUGGUGAGGCUUGAAGCCUUAAAGUCAGUGUGCCCUCAACCAGCACAGCCUGCCCCAAUUCCCCCAGCCCCUGCUUCAGCAGCUGUCAUCUCUGGGUGCCACCAUCGGUCUGGCUGCAGCUAGAGGACAGGCAAGCCAGCUCUGGGGAAGUCUUAGGAACUGGGAGUUGGUCUUCACCCAGAUGCCUCAUCUUGCCUUUCCCAGGGCCUUAAAAUUACAUCCUUCACUGUGUGGACCUAGAGACUCCAACUUGAAUUCCUAGUAACUUUCUUGGUAUGCUGGCCAGAAAGGGAAAUGAGGAGGAGAGUAGAAACCACAGCUCUUAGUAGUAACAGCAUACAGUCUAGAGGACCAUUCAUGCAAUGACUAUUUCUAAAGCACCUGCUACACAGCAGGCUGUACACAGCAGAUCAGUACUGUUCAACAGAACUUCCUGAGAUGAUGGAAAUGUUCUGCCUCUGCACUCACUGUCCAGUACAUUAGACACUAGGCACACUGGCUGUUAAUCACUUGGAAUGUGUUUAGCUUCACUGAGGAAUUAAAUUUUGAUUGUAAAUUUAAAUCGCCACACAUGGCUAGUGGCUACUGUAUUGGAGAGCACAGCUCUAGAUGGCUCCUAGAUUAUUGAGAGCCUUCAAAACAAAUCAACCUAGUUCUAUAGAUGAAGACAUAGAAGACACUGGUAAACACCAAUGUAAAAGGGCCCCCAAGGUGGUCAUGACUGGUCUCAUUUGUAGAAGUCUAAGAACGUACCUUUUUCUGGCCGGGCGUGGUGGCUCAUGCCUGUAAUCCCAGGCGGAUCAUGAGGUCAGGAGAUCGAGACCAUUCUGGCUAACAUGGUGAAACCCCAUCUCUACUAAAAAUAUAAAAAAAAAAAAUUAGCUGGGUGUGAUGGCGGGCGCCUGUAGUCCCAGCUACUCGGGAGGCUGAGGGAGGAGAAUGACAUGAACCUGGGAGGUGGGGCUUGCAGUGAGCCACUGCACUCCAGCCUGGACAACAAAGCAAGACUCUGUCUCAAAAAAGAAAAAAAAAAAAGAGUGUACCUUUUUCCUAGAUUUGCUGGUUUAUUGUUUUAUUUUGGCUUCAUCCUCUUUCAGCAAAUCAAGGGCAGCUGGAUGGUGAAGACCUAUAUUGUAAACUCACCAUAGUACCAUAGUACCUUGGGCAACCCAGCCUCCCCCUCUGAAUCUCGGGUGUCUUGUAAAGGGCUGGACCAAAGGCUCCCUGAACCCUUGUUUCCUCUCCUUUUUGCUGCAGCAGGCCCUGCCUUCAGGACCAGGGCUGUCUCAGGGUCUAAGACCCCAACCUCUGAGGUUGUCCUCAGAAGUUGUCUGUCCCCUGUUCCCAAAGGCACAGCUUUCAUUCCCAGAGAAGAUAUUGAGCUGGUCCUCUGCCAGCUCAAGUUGAGGCUGGAAGAUAACUCUCUUUUCCACAACAUGGACUUGGAACAUGAUCCAUGUUUUGCUCUUUAAAGCUGUGGCCCCUGGCUUGCCACCCUCCCUAGCCCAUUGCUGCCUCUGUCUCUUCACCCUAGGCACUUCUGCCAAACUAGUGGAGAAAAGUCUUGGUCUAAACUGCUAAUAAUGCUCUUCCCUAAAGAACAGGAUAAAAGAUCCAAAAUACUUUUUCUUAAAUUCCUGUCAAGCCUGGGGUCCACCCCCUACCCCUUCCCACAUGAACACUGGAACUGAGAUGGCUUCCCCAUCAUCGUCUGGAUUUUCAUUUAACAAAGUACUUGUUGUAAAUGUGUACUUCUUGCCUAACGUGUGGAACUAAAAACUUGUCCAUGCAUACCCCAGUCCUGUAGAAAUAACUGUUCUCGGGCUUUAGGUUUUCCAGAUUUCCCUCAGAGCUCUAGAAACUGAGCGAUGGACAGUUGCUCUGCUUCUUCAGGUUGGAACUCUUGAUACAUCCUUGUUUCCUGAAAUUCCAAACUUAACACCUAUAGUUUUCUCAGGCUUUUUUUGAAAAGUUCCUUCCUUUCUUUUCUAUUCCACUCUAUUUAGCUAUUAUUGUGCGGCACCCCCAAUGGUUUCUUUCCUCUCAGCAUCGCUGUAGGUUGCCUGUACCCAGGACAUGCCCUUGACUGGCACAAACCGUGACAGACAUGCCCUUGACUGGCACAAACCAUGACAGACAAGGCCACCUCCUCAGAAGCGGAACAACCUAUUAUCUUUUGGCAAUGGGAGCUAACUUCACUGUUUUCUUACAAUACCUGGCUUUUCCUAUCUUUGUUUUCCUUUUGAUUAUCUCUCAUCCAUCUCAGCCACUCUUCUCCUCCCCUCCCUUGUGUCUACAACACCCCAUUUUACCAAGUCUCCCAUUUAACCUCCCCAUCCUUUUCUUUCCCUUAAAGUCUCAUAUGAUACUGUAGUCCUCAUUUGUCUUCCCAAAAAAAAAAAAAAGAAUUUUUUUUUUUUUUAAGGAAUCCUUCCUUGACUCCUAAAGACUCCUAAGGAUGCUGAGGCCUCCUCAGCAUGAUUUCCAUAUACUUACUUUCUCUGUUGGACUGCAGACAACUUGAAAGCAGGAACUUUGGCAGUGUUUCCCAAGCACCAGCAUCAUGCCUGGUCCAUAGUAGCUACCAAUAAAAAAGUAAGCAUCAUGAACCCAAAAGUAUCUGAGAAAGGUCUCAAUUAAUUUAAAAAGUUUUUAUUUUGCCAAGGUUAAGGACACACACAUGACCCACCCUCAGAAGGUCCGGAGGACAUGUGCCCAAAGUGGUUAAGGCACAGCUUGGUUUUAUACAUUUUAGGGAGUUAUAAGGCAUCAGUCAACAUAUGUAAGAUGUACAUUGGUUGGGCUUGGAAAGGCAGGAUAACUCAAAGUGGGGGCUUCCAGGUCAUAGGUAAAUAAGAGACAAAAGAUUGCAUUCUUUUGGGGUUUUGAUCAGCCUUUUACUAAAUACACAAUUUACAUGUGAGAAGGAGGUAGCUCAGGUGAACAGAGGGAUGACUUUGAGUUCUGUGUAUCCUUUGUCCCACACUUGUGAAGAUCAGCUAUGGUGAAAUUCAACAGAACUGUUUUAGAGUAAAGAUCUUGAAGCCCUUGUAGGCAAAUUGUGAGGAAAGUAUGCAGUUUUUCAGGGGAGAAGGGGAAUAAAAUGGGAGGCAGCUUUGCCUGAUGCAGUUCCCAGCUUGACUUUUCCCUUUGGCUUAGACUGAUUUUCUUUUCGCAGCGGUAUCACUUGCCACUGCUUUGUCUUAUUCUUUCUAUUCCAGAAGCCAGCCCGUCUGUGCCCAUUUCCUCCUUAUUGGAACAAUUGUUUGCAUUUGUUCAUUUUCCUUCCCAAACCCCAUUCUCUCCCAUUUGUUGACAGAACCAUUGUGAUGCAUGGAGGGGUGUUUCUCGUUUUAAAGACGUAUUUGAGCAUGUCUUUGGCAGCUCACUCUGCCAGAUAAGGUGUCCUCUUUCCAUAAAUGACAGAAGACGGGUAACUCUGUUCUGCCAUUGCCCCAAGCGGUUUUCACAAUCUGCCCUUCUCCCCCCUGCCCCCCACCACUAGUAAAAACCCCAAACCAAGUUGCUAGGUUCACCAGAUCUAGGUGAUACUCACCAACUUACAGCUAGGCUUUCAUUCCUCAGGAAAAUUGCAAUUUUGUGGUCUUAUAAUGAUAUAUAUUGGUUUCCAUCCAUGGUUGCGGGCUCCUGAUGUCAGAGGUGUUUGAACCAAAGCAACUCCAUCUUGAAUAUAGGCUGGGUAACAUAAGGCUGAGACCUACUGGGCUGCAUUCUCAGGAGGUUAGGCAUUCUUAGUCACAGGAUGAGACAGGUUGGCACAAGAUGUCACAAAGACCCUGCUGAUAAAAGAGGUUGUGGUAAAGAAGCCAAACAAAACUCUCCAAAACCAAGAUGGUGACGAAAGUGACCUCUGGUCAUCCUCACGCUUAUUAUAUGCUAAUUAUAAUGCAUAUACUUAGCAUGUAAUAUGCAUAUGUUAGCAUGCUAACAGACACUCCCUCCAUGACAGUUCACAAAUGCCAAGGCAACGUCAGAAAGUUACCCCACAGGGUUUAAAAGGGGGAGAAACUCACAGCUCUGGGAAUUGCCUACUCCUUUCCUGGAAAACUCAUGAAUAAUUCACCUCUUGUUUAGCAUAUAAUCAAGAAAUAACUCAGGCCAGGCAUGGUGACUCACGCCUGUAAUCCCAGCACUUUGGGAGGCUGAGGUGGGUGGAUCACCUGAGGUGUCAGGAGUUCCAGACCAGACUGGCCAACAUGGUGAAACCCCAUCUGUACUAAAAAUACAAAAUUAGGCAUAGUGGCAUGCGCCUAUAAUCCCAGCUACUCAGGUGGCUGAGACGAGAAUCGCUUAGAACCCGGGAGGUGGAGGUUGCAGUGAGCCGAGAUUGCACCAUUGCACUCCAGCCUGGGCAACACAGCGAGACUGUCUCAAAAAAACAAACAAACAAACAACAACAACAAAACUGUAAGUAUACUCAAUUGAGCAGCCCACGCUGUUGCUCUAUGGAGUAGCCAUUCUUUCAUUCCUUUACUUUCUUAAUAAACUUACUUUCGCUUUA